CAUAAAAGGUAUUUAAAGACCCCAAAUCCAAUUCAAAUCAUAUUGAUAGCGGAUUUUCCUCUUUAUAAACAGGGUUAGAAUUUUGUUGAGAAAAAUGAAUCAAGUCAUAUUAAUGGUAAUUAUGAUUUUUGGAUGUUUUAAGACUUGCAAAUUAUUUAUGUUCAACAAUGACAAUACCACUCCGUCAGCUUCAGUGACGAAAGAUGUUACAUUUGCUGUUCUUGCACAAGAGAUGUUGCAGAUGAAAGCAAGUAUAAAAACUUGUGAAUCAAGGAUUCAAAAACUUGAAGAUGGAACUGGAAAUUUAACAAGCAUGACUGAGUUUCAGAACGCUUUAAAGAAGUUAAAUGAUUUAGAACAAUUAAUGAAAUCCCAGGCAAAUGAAACAAUGGUGAUUAAAGAAAAGUUACAGCAAAUUAGUGCCCAGUCUCAAGCCUUUAACCCAACAACAAUUUUAGCGUCUGUGAGCAGACUGCAAGGAAAUAUUUCAUUUGUCGAAUCCUCUCUCCUGAGCAUUCAAAGUGCAAUGGCGGCUAUGGCGGAAAAAUCAACAUUCGUUGAUACAAUAUUCGUACCCAAUCGACUCCGGUUAGUGGGAGGAGAUCAAAAUUCUGGUCGAGUUGAGUAUUUGAUUAAUGGUACCUGGAAUGCAAUUUGCACCUACGGCGGAUUUGAUAACAAUGCAGCAAAAGUGAUAUGCCGAAUGCUAGGCAGGCCAUGGCAAAACGCUCUGGCAUAUUUAAACUCUGAAUUUGGAGAUGGUUCUGUGCCUAUGCAUUUAUAUGAUGUGCAGUGUUCCGGACAUGAAGUUCUUCUUGAAGAAUGUCACCACGCUGUUGGUUCAACCUGGCAUUGCUAUGGACAUAAGCAGGCUGGAGUUCGUUGUCAGUGAAAUAGAACAACUGCAUGGUACUGAAUGUGAUUGCCAGUAUUUUCAAUUUCCUAUUGUGACUCUUUUUUGUUUGAAUUUUGUAUCCGUA